GAGAGAGACACAUGCCGUAGGCACUGAUUGUACACAGCCCGUAGGCUUAACGACCUCUCACUAGGCAGUAUUACUUUCAACCGUUUAGCGCGCGCUGCUAAUGUCGCUCGCAGUGGCCUGACCUGAGACUCAGUCCAAUCUCUUUCGCCACAAUCUUUAAGAAUCUCAUGUUUUUUUACAGUUUUACUCAUCCGUGAUGCUGCUCUUCUCCUGCAAAGCACAACUCGCAUUUGGGUUCUCAUACUCUGUCCGUUACAGACAGACUAAUCUGACUGAGUAGCGCAGCCACCGGAUAUAAAUAAAGUUUAAGAGAGGAUAAGAGGAAGGGUGCAAAAGAGAAGAGAAAGGGAGAAUAGCAAUAUAGAGAACGACUGAGAGGGAAAGAGGUCGAGACCAAGAGCGAGAGAGACAGACGAAGAAGGAGAGGAAGAGAGUGAGAGAGAGGAGGAACGCGGUUUGACGUUUCUUCCGGCGAGUCCAAUGAGGCGCCGCGCGUUCGACCCCGAGCGUUGGAUUCUACACUGAGUUCGAGAGCACAUACUACGUCGAGCGCCGACGCUUACAAUCACGCCACUCGGAAGGAUCGGUGUGUACGCCUCCAGUGCGCUGAAGUCUGAACACUGACAGUCGGUCACCGACGACGAUGCGGUGAUGUUUACGGGUAAGGUGAUGCGCUCUAACGAAAAUCGAGUGUCCUCACUCGUUCGUGCAAUUCUUUAGUGACAAUUGACGUGAUUCAAAGAAAAAUAUCAUUGUGUGCUGUGUGACAAAUAUCAGUGCUUAUAUACUUUGUGCCAUCCACUUUUGGAUUAUAACUUUACAAGUGCUCAUCACCAGGAGAAUUAUGCUACCUUUUCAUCUCUAGGAAUUUCGGAAGGAGUAUCAUACCUGUAGUAAUACGGGCCAUAUCACUUCAGAAAACGAUAAAAUAAAGUAUUAAAAACGGCGCUCGUCGGCAUAAAGGCUGUGCCCGUGUUAUCAUCCGGCUAUCAUAACACGGCACCACCCCAAAGUGGGGGUGGUGGUUCGACGUUCAGUGCCGCGGCAAUGGUGGCAGCUGCCACUUCUACGGCCACCGCUACUGCUAGCGUGGUGGCCAUGCAGGACCGCCAAGAUAUCCCCACUCAGUUCAAUCAGAAGUUCUAUAACGAGUCGCCAAAUCUAAUGCGCUUGUCGCAGAUGCAGAGCCAACAUGGCAUCUCCCACCAAUCGUACAGUUCGGGGUACGGUCAGAGAGGACCAAUGACGGGCAUGGGGCCAAUCGGAAUGAAUACUUUUAAUAAUAUGGGCUCGAUGGGUCAAAUGCACUCUAUGAAUUCUAUGAAUUCGAUAAAUUCCAUGAGCAGUAUGAAUUCUAUGAAUCCAAUGGCUAUGGGAGGUAUGAACAGCAUGAACAGUAUAAGCGGGAUGAAUGGAAUGAACGGAAUGACGCAGAUGAAUUCGAUCAACUCCAUGAGCGCGAUGAGUAAUAUGGGAAACAUGGGAAUGAGUAACGUAAUGGGGCCUAAUACGAUCCAAAUGAACAAAAUCAACAUGCAGGUUCAGCAGCAACAACAGCACCAACAACAUCAACACCAACAACAGCAGCAGCAACAGCAGCAGCAAGGUUAUCCAAGAAGAUUGACUCCUUACCCGAAUCCGGCAAUGCACAUGGCACAAAAGAGACAACAGGGACCCUACACAAAUAUGCCCACUGGACCAAAUCCUGCAACUAUGCAACCGAGUUUCAACAACAUGCCCACGAACCAAGUACCCCAAUAUCCCAGCAGUUAUCCUCCCACGAGACCAAACUUUCAACAGCAGUAUCCACCAGUUCAGGCCAUCAAUUCCGCGACAACUGGAUUUGUUCCCAAUCCUAUGAUCAGAACCGCCAGCAUCAGACAAACUACUCCAUCUUACAAUGCUCCUUCCCAACCCAACCAAUAUUACAGCGCCAGUGUACCUGUCAGUAUGGGACCGACCACUGUCGGCAACCAGUUUGUUGGUCACCAAACGAAUGCAGGAUAUGGAGCUCCCUCGUCGUACGUGGCCACCAGCCAGUACCAACAGGAAGUCGCCUCGCCGAUGAGAACAACGCCAGCGGGAAACAUGAACUACCAGCAUAGUCCCGUUCCUGGAAAUCCAACACCUCCUCUAACUCCUGCCGCUAGUAUACCUCCCUACAUUAGUCCAAACUCCGACAUUAAACCACCUAACUUCAACGAACUUAAAACACCAGUCAGUAUGCAGAAAGACGACGAAUUAAGAUUAACAUUCCCCGUGAGAGACGGCAUCAUUCUUCAACCGUUUCGACUGGAGCACAAUUUGGCUGUAAGCAACCACGUAUUCCACCUCAAGCAGACUGUUCAUCAAACCUUGAUGUGGCGGUCGGAUCUCGAAUUACAACUUAAGUGUUUCCACCACGAAGAUCGGCAAAUGAGUACAAACUGGCCUGGCAGUGUACAAGUUUCCGUCAAUGCAACCCCGCUCAUGAUCGAUAGGGGUGAACAAAAAGUCUCGCAUAAGCCCCUUUACCUCAAGGAUGUCUGCCAAGCGGGUCGAAACACCGUUCAAAUCACGGUGUCGGCGUGCUGCUGUUCGCAUCUAUUCGUCCUCCAAUUGGUACACCGACCGAGUGUACGAAGCGUAUUACAAGGACUCUUACGCAAAAGACUGCUUACAGCCGAGCACUGUAUUACAAAAAUAAAAAGGAACUUUAGCAACACGAUGUCCAACAACGGAAUAAAAACGGAAGCAGACGUCAUAGAACAAACAGCACUAAAGGUAUCACUCAAAUGUCCUAUUAGUCACAAACGGAUCACAUUACCAGCGAGGGGUCAUGACUGUAAACACAUCCAAUGCUUCGAUCUGGAAUCGUAUCUGCAACUAAACUGUGAACGGGGUUCGUGGAGGUGCUCAGUCUGCAUGAAACCAGCCCAGUUGGAGGGAUUAGAAGUAGAUCAAUACAUGUGGGGCAUUUUAAACACAACUUCAAGUACGCCGGACGUGGAAGAAGUAACAAUAGACUCGGCAGCUAAUUGGAAGCCAGCUAAGAUUUUAAAUAGUAUAAAUAUAAAGUCAGAGGAUGAUGGUGACUGCAAGAGAAUGAUCAAGGCAAUGUCACCGGGUAGUAUGAAUAUGCCGACUAUGAACAGUUGGGACAUGAAUCAGGCGAUGAGUCCUUACAUACCUCCCGAUAUGAAUAGUAUUGUUAGCGGUUCAAUGAUGAACAACACACCUCCUAACUAUGGAAACAAUAAUAUCAAUCAUCGAAACUCAUCUGGAGGAUCUUACGAUAUCAACUCGGGCACGAAUCCUGCCGGAAAUACGGAUUAUGUCAGUGGAACGGGACCUCUGAGUCAUCUCAAUGAUUCCGUCAACUCUUUGGAUCCCCUCAAUGCCAUGGAAAAGUCGCUAAACGAUCAGAUGCCGCACACACCUCAUACGCCACACACACCGCAUACUCCUCACACUCCGGGCGGAGGAAAUAGUGGACCUCCUAGUGUUCCACCUUCGUCGCAAGAGUCCAAUCACAACACAUCUGGCAACACGACUACAAAUAUUAAUAAUGACUCAGCAGACAUACCUUCGGAUCUUAAUUUCGAUCCCGCUGCAGUCAUUGAUGGCGAGGGAACAGGACAGGAAGCGUUAAACUUGCUACCAGACGACGUAGUAGAUCCAAUGGAACUUCUCUCCUACCUAGAUCCACCAGACCUAAACACUCCACCAAGCAGUGGAGCCAGUAGCGGAAAUCCAUCGUCGAGUGACGACAUCUUAGCACUCUUUGAGUAAAAGUCAGCUAGCUCUUGCUAUUUGACACAAUAAUCAAAUUAUUACAAACCCAAAAGUAUGGCAAAAUUUUUUUGGAAGAUUGUAAGACGUCUUCCCGACGUCUUAUGUCGCAUAAACUGGCGCUAGACUUUUCAGAACGGUUCUCUUACAUUAAUUUAUUAUUCACUCCCGAAGAAAUUGCAUCCGUAGAUUGAUAUCCAAUUUUUUUUUAUAAACUUUUUAAAAACCUCUUUACCAAAGAUUAAGGGAAAUUUAUUUUAAAGACUGCGAACGAAUCAUUCUAAGUUGUUGUUUAUGCAUUGGUAAACUACGAGUGAUGGAUGAUCUUCGAGAAACGCUUUGAAAAUAUCAUCCCAAGCCUCGGUAUAAAUCUAGCCUUCUGGAAAAGUUUCUCGCUGGAAAUGAGUGACCGCCAAGUGUCAGGACCUUCGCUGCAAAAAUCUUCCUCUGGAAUAUUACGCAGCUAACGACAAGAGAAUGACAGGGAGGGGUUGCUGAAGGUGCUCUCACCUAAACAAUGGUACAAACAAUUUUAGCUCUAAUUAAAAUAUACCUAUUGACGAAACUAGGGCAUAUUAGACAUAGAACAAUGACCUCUAAAUGUAGGAUAACAAGCGAAAAAUGUUAUUGCUUGUAUGUAAAGACCAUACGCAUUUCAAACUGAAGACACUUGCGAAACUUCCCAUCACAAUUAGAAGCUCAAGCUUCAAGUUUUGAGACCUAGUGAAAUGUUUCAUGUGUUCUUUAUUUCAAAGAGAUCUACUUACAUUCAAGGCCUAGAGACCUACGUCGUAAAAAUCCACGUCUGUACAGUGGCUGUUUGUAAAUAAGUUUUCCUUCGACUCGGUAAGGUAUUAUCCAUCUAUUGUAAAACGCAUUGCUUAUUUAUGAAAUAGGACAUAUUGGUUUUUUUUCUUUCUUUUUUUGAGAUAGAGAGAGAGAGAGAGAGAAAGAGAGAUAGUAACGGCGAAAAGUACAUCUCGAGGAGCUUGAUGCUUCCGAGAUUUAAAAGAUAAAACGACAUAGUAUAGUAUUAUUAGUAGAGGCACUAUAUUGAUGGAGGGUACUCAAAAUAGGACCUAUGGAAGCAGUGACGACAGACGAAAAGGUCUUGAUAUGUACUUGUAAAAAGAAGAUAUGUCCAUAUAGCGCAAGGAUCCACUUCUCAUCACGUACUUUCUCAGGUCGAUAAUUUUGCCCUUGUUCGAUUUAUCGUAAAAUGAGAUAAGUUUCAUGAUACUGUACAGUAAAACCUACACAUUGUAUAUUGAAUGGUAUAAAAGUAGGUUUUAACCCUGUUUACAAGGGGGCCAAAAAACAAAAGGGGGUGACGGGCGUCCUCGCAUUCGAAAUUCAUCUGAAUAGCAACGUUUUUUAACUAAUGUUGCGAAAGGAAUGAAAAAUCCAGAUAUUAGUGACAUUUGGAACAUUCUUGUAAGCGUUUCGAAUAGAAAAAAAAACAAACGUUUAGGCUAUUGAUGAUAUCGAAAUGUCUGGUACAAGUCUAUUAUGAAUGAAAUUUAUAAGAAGACACGUAUCUUUUAAAUUAAAUCAAAAUGACCGAAGUACUACUAAAUGCAUCUCUGAAGCUACAUCUCACUUUUAAUCCACGAUGCCCAUUCUUACGUACGGAUAGCGAAGGAAUUUUGACAUAUUGAUGAGACAUAUUGAGAAUAUUUAUACUCGUUUAAAAUAUAGACAAUCAUGACAAAUUCAAAAUAUCAUUUGUGUAUAUAUAUCUUUAAAUGAAUGAUUUUACAAAGCUGAAUUUGGUUUCUGAUUGUAGAAACACUUGAGAGAUAAAUAAAAACAGGGAGAUUUUAAAUCAGGAUAAUUCGCAAAAAAUCUGUGCGUAAAAAUGAGGCUGAACUUGUAAAAUUGAUCGAAAAAAAAAAAUGAUUUGAUGGUUUAUGAGACAAAAUUUAAUCAAAUGUGCCUAUUUAAAUAAUGUACUGCCAGAGUGGCACAGCCCACGACCCCCUGCUCGCGUGGUAGUUAUUACAUUUAUAACCUUUUGUGAUUAAAGGAAGAGAUAUACUUCAAGUGAUUCAUGUAGAUUAUACAAAUUUUAUAUAAAACUGUAUUUAUACUUUAAAGCGCAGUACUAUGGCGUACAAUGAAUUAGUUGCGGUCAAGUUUCUAUUUCAUGUAACUACUAUAACAUCAUUGAGAUUAGAUUUUAAUAAUACGUAUAUAUUAAAGGCAAUCAUUGUAUAUUAUUUGUACAUAUGAAAAAUAGAACGAUAAUAUAAGAAAAAUGGCAAAUACUUAUUGGCCAGUUACAACAGUA